AUGUCUCGCCAGAACUCGAGCCGAAAGAUCUCGUUCAAUGUUAGCGACCAGUACGAGAUCCAGGAUGUCGUCGGUGAAGGUGCCUAUGGUGUUGUUUGCUCAGCACUGCACAAACCAUCCGGACAGAAAGUCGCUAUCAAAAAGAUUACCCCGUUCGAUCAUUCCAUGUUCUGUCUUCGUACGUUGCGUGAAAUGAAGCUUUUGAGGUACUUUAACCACGAGAACAUCAUUUCCAUCCUCGAUAUCCAAAAGCCCCGGAACUAUGAUAGCUUUAACGAAGUCUAUCUUAUUCAGGAACUUAUGGAAACCGACAUGCACCGCGUGAUUCGUACCCAGGACCUCUCAGACGACCAUUGUCAAUACUUCAUUUACCAAACCCUCCGUGCUUUGAAGGCCAUGCACUCCGCCAAUGUCCUCCACCGAGAUUUAAAACCCUCCAAUUUACUCCUAAACGCUAACUGCGAUCUCAAAGUCUGUGAUUUCGGACUUGCGAGAUCCGCAGCCUCAAGUGAUGAUAACUCCGGGUUUAUGACUGAAUACGUCGCAACCAGAUGGUACCGUGCUCCGGAGAUUAUGUUGACAUUCAAGGAAUAUACCAAGGCUAUUGAUGUCUGGAGUGUGGGAUGUAUCUUGGCAGAGAUGUUGAGCGGGAAGCCAUUGUUCCCCGGAAAGGACUACCACCACCAGCUCACUUUAAUUCUCGACGUUCUCGGCACCCCAACAAUGGAAGAUUACUACGGAAUUAAGUCACGCCGCGCACGAGAAUAUAUCCGUUCCCUGCCAUUCAAGAAACGUGUCCCAUUCGCUAGCAUGUUCACAAAGACCUCGCCUGCCGCGCUAGAUCUCCUUGAGAAGCUGUUGGCAUUUAACCCAGCCAAGAGAAUUACAGUUGAGGAAGCGCUAAGGCAUCCUUAUUUGGAGCCAUACCAUGAUCCAGAGGAUGAGCCGACUGCACCACCAAUUCCUGAGGAGUUCUUUGACUUCGACAGGAAGAAGGAUGAAUUGACAAAGGAGCAGUUGAAGAUGUUGAUCUUCGAAGAAAUCAUGCGGUAG